CUAGUCCUCUUGGCUGGCGUGCGAGACUGUCUAUCUCGGAGAAUGAUGGAUGAGAGCACGCGGCGCCGGCAAAGCGAUAUGCUUGGGACGCCACGCAUGAAUCCCACUCGGCUUCAGUUGCGCUCCCUGCCUGCUCUGCUCUGCUCCGCUGCCACCUCAAACGGUCCAGCUCCAGCAUCUGACUAGUACUUGAGAUUUCAGAAGUUGAGGGCAGCAUGGGUGGUGUGGCAUGGAGAGUUGGUUCCAAGGUGCAGAGAUGGGGUUGGGAGAACUGCCUCCGGGGCUUCUCGUCUGCUGCUAUUCCAUCUCAGAUGGAGAGUGUUGGAUUCAUAGGGCUCGGAAAUAUGGGCGCCCAUAUGGCAAGGAACCUGGUGAUGGCUGGAUAUAAAGUGUCAGUUCAUGAUAUCAAUGAGAGUGCCAUGAAGAAGUUCUCAGAUGAUGGAAUUCCCACAAAACAGUCUCCGCUUGAAUUGUCCAAGUCAAGCGAUGUCAUAAUUACCAUGCUACCUUCCUCUGCCCAUGUAUUAGAUGUAUAUAAUGGACGGAAUGGCUUGCUUGGUGAUGGGGGGCGAGUUGGACCAUGGUUAUAUAUAGACUCGUCCACCGUUGAUCCACAAACAUCAAGAAAGAUAUCCAUGGACAUAUUGAGAUGUAAUUUGAAAGAAAAGAAAGGCUACGUCAAAAAGCUGAUGAUUCUGGAUGCUCCUGUGUCUGGAGGUGUUCCUGCCGCAGAAGCCGGGACUCUGACUUUCAUGGUGGGUGGUUUAGAGGAAGCAUAUCUAGCAGCGAAGCCUAUACUUCUAGCAAUGGGCAAAAAGCUAAUCUACUGUGGCGGGGCUGGAAAUGGCUCAGCCGCAAAGAUCUGUAACAAUAUGGCCAUGGCUAUCAGCAUGCUUGGGGUUUCUGAGGCCUUUGCUCUUGGUCAGAAUCUUGGGAUCAAAGCAAGCACACUCUCAAACAUAUUCAAUUGCUCUAGUGCCCGGUGCUGGAGUAGUGAUACAUAUAACCCAGUUCCUGGUAUAAUGGCGGGUGUACCAUCAUCGAGGAAUUACGACGGUGGUUUCACCUCCAAACUAAUGGCUAAAGAUUUGGAUUUGGCCAUGGCCUCUGCAUCUGGAGUUGGCUUCAAAUGUCCCAUGGGUUCUGAAGCACUUGAGAUUUAUCGAAAGUUAUGCGAUGGGGGCUGUGAAUUCAAAGACUUCUCCUGCGCAUUCCGCCAUUACUACACUGGCAGGGAUGAAGAAUGAUCUUGCAGUUUAUUAUAGCCAACCUGUUGAAAUAAACCAAUAAAAGUUCUCGAAUCCUCUGAUUUAGUGUUAAACAGUGCUCAUACAAGGUUGUAGUCUCUUGCUGCAUUUUCGAGAAUUCAAGGUCACACUACGUGUUGGCUUCGGCACUACCUAGAAACCCCCUGUCUGAUUAAUGAAAUAUCAUGUUUUGGGAGAUGUAA